AUGUAUCAGUACAUAAAAGCAACUAAACAGAGUUCUUAUGAGGCAGUGUGGGGAGGCUCUCCAUAUGCAGUUUCUAGAGCCGGCUUUAUUGCUAUGUUAAAUUUACAUAAAAAUACUCUCAACAAGAAAGGUAUAAAAAUAUCUUGUGACUUUGGAAUCAGUGUGAGUUUAGACCCCUAUCGCUUAAGUUGCCAAACUAGCAUUUGUAGUGAGGACAAUAGUCAAUUUUUUGUUGAUAAUUUAUCAAGUGUCACUGACUUUGAAAUGCACCAAGGGAUGGCCGUGCAACAUAAUUUACAAUCUAUGAUAAGUAACCAAAAUAGAGUGAAUGCCAUAAUAUUAAAGGAAACAACAAACAUUAAAGCCAAUACAAGGAAGCGUGCCAUACAUGAUAGCACUAAUAUUCAAGAGGGCCCCAAAAAGCUAUGCACAAACUCUAUAUGUACAACAAACCUAAGUAACUGUGCUAGUACUCGGGCAUAUUUAAAUAUAGCUAUAUCUACUAAAUCCAAAAGAGACCUUACAGAAGAAGAGGCAAAUUUUAUAAAAGAUGAACUACACAAAAUUAUUAUUGCCACUUGCACUCAACCAACAAGUGCUAAUAUAAUAUAUCCUGCAUUCAACAAAAAUCCAUGUUAUAGUGAAGGAGUAUUAAAGCUGUGGUGUCUAGAUGAAAAAACUCUAACUUGGUUGAAAGAUGUAAUAUCAAAAUUACAUUUGCCCACAGAAGAAUGCAAUCUCACUGUGAUAGAUCAGCAAGAUAUACCAGGAAAAGUGAAAGUGGCUUUAUUUUUGCCUGAUUUUAAUGGAGAGAUAGAUUUGUUACAACGGGUUCUUAUUGCACAAAAUCGUUGGUGUGAUAUGACAUUGUGGAAUCUGUGCAGCUAUGAACGAACUACAAUAGAAAAACCCUCUGGUAUAUUUCUAACUCUUAACAUACCUAAGGAUGAUGUACCUAAAAUAAUGAUUCGUAGACGACAAAUAGCCUUUUCGAUAGGUUCAGUUAGCAUCAGAUUUGUUACUGAUACAGGCUUCAGUAAUGAACCCACCGGAGCAAUAAAUAGAGCUGGUGUGAGUGAUUGGGUAAUAGCCCCAAUAGAUAAAAAUGUGACUGAUCAUCAUGUUUCAAAUAAUUCUUUUCCUUCUUUGAGAGAUGCUCUUCAAUGUAUUGAUGAAUUUAUGCCCAUUAUACCUGUCAUUCAAAAUGUAUGGGGUGAGAGUUUAGAAAUAUGU